CCUGAGGAAUGUUAACAAUGCAGCGAGUGUCCAACUUUGUGCUGAUUUCUGAGAGUGUGGAGAAAAUGGAGGCUGCUUUCAUCACAUCCACUCAGCCCGUCCGCCUCCACUGAUUCCCCCCGCGGCCCGCUGUCGGCUCCUCGCUCCGGGGACACGGAACUUUUUUUUCCUGGUGGGUUUUAAACGGCGGUCGGACUGCGGGGUGUCGCUCCACGGACCUGGAGACAUCGAGGCUUCUUCUUCUUCUCACAUGGCGCAGAUUGGCAGCAUCAUGGUUUGGCUCCGCAGUGCCCUCGUGACCGGCUGCAUUUCCUGGAAUAAGCUGGAACCUGAACCUUGAGAGCCGCACCAUGGAAUGUUUGUAGUAUCCCCACAUCAGCCUCAGCAACCCCACCAGCAUCGGCAAGAAUCAGAAACACAAAGAGAGACACAAACAAAUAAAGGGACACACACAGGGACUCCCAGAUCUGCUGCGGGACACUCUUUAUCCAUUUAGGUCAGCCAGCUAGAAAGGGAUCCUUCGGAGGGUGCAGGGGAGUGAGUGUCAAUUUGUGUGAGUGCAUGUGCAUGUGUGUUUCCCUUUUUAGAGUAGGUGCCUGUCCUCGGGCACUGAGGCAAUGAGGCCAAAGACUUUCCCGGCCGCCCCGUACGUGGGCAACACGCGCCAGAGGCUUCAGGAGAUCAAGGAGGGUCUGAAGCAGCCGGCCAAGCUGGUGAGCCAGGCCCUGCAUGGGGGCAGCUCCCGGGGCGACGGCAGCAGAGGGGCCGACUGCAAGAGCGGAAAGGACACAGCAAGCCGGCAGCAGCAGGUCCGACCCCCGCAGAAGUUUAACAACUACCAGAAUGCCCUGCGGGAAAUCCGCAAGUCGCUCAUGCCCUUCGCCAAUGAGUCGGGCCCAUCCUCGGGGUCGGGGCACCCUUCAGGCGCUGGGGAAGUGAACCGGCAGAUGCUGCAAGAGCUGGUGAACGCCGGCUGUGACCAGGAGAUGGCGAUGCGGGCAUUGAAGCAAACAGGAAGCAGGAACAUCGAAGCGGCCUUAGAGUACAUCAGCAAAAUGGGUUACCUUGACCCUCGCACUGAGCUCAUCGUCCGUGUCAUUAAGCAGACUUCACCAGGAAAAGCCGGCAUGCCAAACGCUAUGGACCACCGGCCUGCGAUGGAGGCUUCAGGAGAAGCAGCUGUGAUGCCUUCAUAUCAUCAGAUGGGGGCUACCAUGUAUGAGGGGGCAGGGGGAUAUGGUCCUGAGGGUGAGAUGCCCAGACCCUACAUGAGCGCGCCCCCUGUGAUGAACUACAUGAUGCCCCAACCUGGUGCAGCACAGGGCUCUGCCAUGGGAAACCCGAUGGGUAGGCCUCCCAGUAUGGGCAACUAUCCACCAGUGAUGGCCUCCCAAAACAACCAAGCCAACACCAUGUACCCUCCAGGGGGCCAACAGAAAGGCUACCCUGGGAGUAUGGAGCAGCACUGUCCCAUGAUGAGCUACAAUGUUCCUGGUCAACCAUUGCAACUCCAGCCACAGCCACCAGGUGGCCCUGUUUCAGGUCCACACUACGACUACGGUCAUGCCAGGCCUCACAUGAUGGAGCCUGCAAGCUAUGGCGUUAAGAGGACCCCCUCCUUCCAGAACAAGAUGGCACCGCCCUCCAUGGUGCCCCAAGACAACUACGUCAACAUGCAGGGGAAAGGGGCCAUGGGUCAAAAUGGACCUGGAGGAGGGGGAGGGUACCCCGCUAACCUGUACUUGCCUCCUCAUUCCCACCCCCGACAGGCAAGCCCCACCUCCCACCAAGUCCACAUGAUGUCCAGGUCUCCAGGUGGCGUGGCAGCCAUGGGCCCUGACUUCUCAGAUCUGCCGCAGAGCUUGAUGACACCGUCCAGAGCCAGCCUCAACCUGGACCUGUAUGAGCACCACUGGGCGGGGCCCCCAGGGCCCGAAGGGGCCCCUCCAGCCAGGCAACCCCAGCCCCAGGGCCCAUUUAGGGGGGAGGUGCGUGUCCCCAGUAGAACCAACUCUUUCAACAGUCGCUCUGCAGGACCCAACGUUGUCCGGCCUUCGAUGGCUGCACCUCCUGCAGCUGGAAAACAAGACCCCUCCUUGGGUCUACCAAACACCAUCACGGCUGUAACAUCCCCACCUAUUCAACAGCCCGUCAAGAGCAUCCGUGUGAUGAGACCAGAGCCCAAGACAGCGGUGGGACCAUGUCACCCAGGCUGGAUGACGGCUCAGGGCCAGGAUGCAUCAGAUUCUCUGGCCUACAUGCCGGAGGAGACUUACCCACUUGAGUCUGCUCAGGAGCAACGCUGCCCACCACCACCUUACCCCAAAAGUCUGCUCAUGUCUAGCACAGCUGGCGAACCAGGGACUCUGGACGGAGCAAUGUGCGGAGCUCAGGACCACAGCAACCCUGCAGCGAGAAGCACACACAACGGCAGCGGAGGGAGUGGAAAGGGAGAAGAGAGCCAGCAGGUGAAAGAGAAGACAAAGAUGGGCAAGGGAGAAAAACCUGUGAAAGACAAGAAACAGAUCCAGACGUCACCUGUUCCAGUGAGGAAGAACGGCCGUGACGAGGAGAAGAGGGAAUCGCGUAUCAAGACCUACUCACCUUUUGCAUUCAAGUUCUACAUGGAGCAGCACAUAGAGAACGUGAUGAAGACCCACCAGCAGAAACUUAACCGCAGGCUUCAACUGGAACAAGAGAUGUCGAAGGCCGGACUGUCAGAAGCGGAGCAGGAACAGAUGAGGAAGAUGCUGAACCAGAAAGAGUCCAACUACAACAGGCUACGCCGAGCCAAAAUGGACAAGUCCAUGUUUGUCAAAAUCAAGACGCUGGGCAUCGGCGCCUUUGGUGAAGUGUGUCUGACGCGUAAAGUGGACACGUGUGCCCUUUAUGCCAUGAAAACACUUCGCAAGAAAGACGUCCUCAACCGCAACCAGGUGGCUCACGUGAAGGCGGAGCGGGACAUCUUAGCGGAGGCAGACAACGAGUGGGUGGUGCGUCUCUAUUACUCCUUCCAGGACCGGGACAGCCUGUACUUUGUCAUGGAUUACAUCCCCGGAGGAGACAUGAUGAGCUUGCUCAUCCGGAUGGGCGUCUUCCCCGAACCUCUUGCACGCUUCUACGUGGCGGAGUUGACGCUGGCCAUUGAGAGUGUCCACAAGAUGGGCUUCAUCCACCGCGACAUCAAGCCCGACAACAUCCUCAUCGACCUGGACGGACACAUUAAGCUGACAGACUUCGGCCUGUGCACGGGCUUCCGCUGGACACACAACUCCAAGUACUACCAGAAAGGAAGUCACAUCAGACAGGACAGCAUGGAGCCCAGUGACUUUUGGGACGACGUGUCUAACUGUCGCUGUGGUGAUCGGCUGAUGACACUCGAGCAACGCGCCAACAGGCAGCACCAGCGCUGCCUUGCUCACUCCCUGGUCGGAACACCUAACUACAUAGCACCCGAGGUGCUGCUGCGCAAAGGCUACACCCAGCUAUGUGACUGGUGGAGCGUCGGCGUUAUCCUGUUUGAGAUGCUGGUGGGACAGCCGCCCUUCCUGGCUUCCACACCCACCGAGACCCAGAUUAAGGUCAUAAACUGGGAGAGCACGCUGCAGGUGCCUGCACAGGUCAAACUCAGCCCAGAGUCUGUCGACAUAAUCGCUCGCCUCUGCUGCUCUGCGGAGGAUCGACUGGGCUCCAAUGGAGCCGGCGAAAUCAAGUCCCACCCCUUCUUCACCCAGAUGGACUUCUCCAGCAAUCAACGGCAGCAGCCGGCCCCCUACCAGCCCAAGAUCGCCCACCCAAUGGACACGUCCAACUUUGACCCUGUGGAGGAGGAGGGCGGCCCCGGGGCAUGGAGUGACAGCGGGGACAGCACCCGGGCUUUGGACAUUCUCUUCUCCCCAAAUGGGAAGCACCCAGAGCACGCCUUCUACGAAUUCACCUUCCGCAGGUUCUUCGACGACAACGGCUGCCCUUUCCGCUACCCCAAGCCGCUUGAGGCUAGCGAGAUGCCGUCGAGCAUCACCGGAGCCAGUGGCAUGGGGGAGGAGGCGGAACAAGACGAAGAGGAUGACGAAGAAGAAGAUGAAGAGGAUGGAGAAGAGCAGGGAGAGGGAUGUGAGCCAGUGUAUGUGUAGAGCUGCAGACUGAACUCUUACUAACGUUCAUCAUUCAGCUUGUGGCCCUCCACCGCUCUCUUUCUGUUUGUGUCUUUGUGUGUUUAUACAUAUCUGGCAUGUGUGAUUGUUAACUUGAGGGAGCAGGAACAUCGCCACCUUGUGGAAUCUAUAAUGCCUCCACCCUGACUUCAAAAACAAGACUCCCCUGAUCCGGGACCAAGAGACAACAUUCAGCACGUUACUGACUGCAUCUAGGGUGAAGCGAAUGCGGUUUGCAGAGCAAGACUCAGACUGGUAAGGUUGCACUGAGAUCCAUGGGAACGUAAGGAUGUCUGGAUCCAAUGGUUCUAGUUAGAGGACUGCUUCUGGUUCUUCCAGCAGUUUCUUCUCCCAUUCCUUCCACCCUUGGUCUUACGGACGAUCGAAACACCUCAACGGUGAUUAUCUGACACGGGAAGUUACUUCCUGUUCUACCUGAGCUGCUUUUUACGGCAAUGUGAAGAGUGGAACUAGUUUACUUGUUGAUCGUGCACGGGGAAGAGGGAGAUUCGGGUGGGGUGGGGACUAGCGACACACCUCUUACACAGCUGCUGCAAAAUAAGCUACAAAAUGCAUGCGUGCACGCACCCACACUUAUUCAGUACAGGUUGUGUUCGGGUCACAAAGGAUGAAAGUGCACGGCUCUCUGCAGAUAGAUUGCCUCUUCUCUCAGAAGUCGUCUUAGACCAGAUAGAAAAAUGUUGUUUUUGGCGUGAAAGAGAAUUCGACAUUGAAUUUUCAAUUUUUUAAAAAUAUUUUUGUGCCUUUUCUCUUAAAUUUCUACCUUUUUCUGACAUGAAAUUUAAAGGAGACAUAUGAUGCUUUUUUCAGUGUUUCUUUCAUGUAGUGUGUUGUAUGUAAAGAUGCUGCAAAGCCAAAAAGCCCCAAGUCUGCAGUAAAGGGAGCUCGUCUCCCCCGCAGAGAACACUGCUCCUGAAGGUCCUUAAACGCCUCAUCAGAUGUCCGGCUGAUACUUAGGCACCAUUGUGACAUCAGUAGUAUUGGAAUUGUUGUGAUGGAAAUAGUUGACCAAUCACAACAGAGUGGCUCAGGUGCCCAAUCAGACUGGGCUUUUUUAGGAAGGAGGCCUGAAAGGGACAGUAGCUAAAACUAAGUGUUUGAGACAGAGGCUGAGAGAGGAGCUCCAGCGAUGGACGCUCUGAGAAAAGUGACUUAUUUUCUGAAACACUCUUUAGAAUUGUCAAACUGAGUAUGAGCAGAAUAUGUCUCCUUUAAAAAGAAAAUAGAAAGAAACCAAACCAAAUAGUUUUUGGUUGUUCUGUCCUCUACAUCCACAGCUGCCUCAUUUUGUGCCAACUGUCGUUAAUGUUUUGUCCUGUAGAUGGAGCCAGAUACUCCUUCCCUCAGAGGAUGCUGUUACAAAUAUCCUCGUUAUUGUGAAAUACUUCCUGUUACUGACUCUCUGUCUGGACUGACCAUUUCAAAUGUUACCUCCAGCAAAAAUCCACAACCUACACAGACGCAAAGAGAGUCUGUAGAGUUUGCUUUGGGCUCUACAGCCAUAUUUGAUUUCCAGUCUGAUCCAAGACUUAUUUAAACCAUCAAUUUCACUUUCAGCCUCACAUGCAGUUCAAUUCUGCUUGUAAAUCAGAUGAAAAAUACAUAUUUUUGUUCAUAUGAUCCGUCUUGUUUAUGAGGGGGACAGAUUAUUUCACGCGUUAGCACAACCGUUUCUCAUGCUUUGUUUUAAAGACUGAUUCACAAAGGCUUGAAACAUCAGCUCAGGUCUCUGACUGAGAAGUACAAACACACACAUACACUCAGAUUGACCAAGAUUUACACUUUUACAGCAAUUUUUGAAAGAUCAGCCCCACUGUUGCAUUUUAAUUUAACCAGCCUCAUCGGAUCUCUGGAGGCAGUCACAACACAAAGCGACGCGUUUUUACAACAGCCAAACAUGUGAUAGUUUGACUAUGUGCAAUACAAAAAAAAUACAUUAUAUAUAGUUUUCUAAACACUUACUAUCUUUUUUUUGUUUUUUUAGCUUUUAGUACUGAAAUGUACAAAUAUAUUGGUUUAUAUAUAUUUUCCUUUUCAGUUACAUCAUGCUGCUUAUUAAUGUGGUUAAUAUUAUUUACAUUAUUAUUAUAAUUGCUAUAACAUGUGUACCUGUUUUUUUCCUUUCAAAAGAAGUGUUGGCUCAGUUGCCAUGUGUGCGUGGGUUUUGAAAGUAUCGAGCUAUGUGCCUUUUCUAAUUGAAUGUUGGAGUGUGUGUCGCGCCCAGUGACAGCAGGAGACGGCGACGAUGAUCAGUGUUUGCAGAACCUUUGCUCGCUUUGCCUCCUGCGGCCGGGCUGGUCCUGAACGCAGGAGAGAGGAGCGUGGAAAAGGUUUCACGGUUCAGAAAGAGACGAUAGAAGUAAGAGGAGCGAGGCAUGUCGGCUUUAGGAAAUGUAAUUGUAAAAUAAGAAUGAAUUGCUUUCUCUAUUUUACAAACAAACGGUUAAACUUCAGUUAAGAGUUGGUAUUUGGUACAUUUUCUUUAUUUAUCCGAAAUGACCACAAAGUUUGAGUGAUUUUUAACUCUGUACUUCUACUACAGAAUCGAUCCAUGUUCUGUAUCACUCAGCAGAUGACGCGUCCUCCUACACCUUCAUGCUUAUUGACAAUCAGUAAACGGUGACCGCUCUCUUUGAACUGAGCUGUGCGCUUCAUUAAUACCCAGCCGUUCCAACAGUAUUGUGAAUUUGACUCGAUGGCAAACGCUUAAGAAGUCAAAACUUGUCCAGUGAUUAUCUGAUUCAGAACUUGUUGAAUGAUGAAAAAUGUGUGGAUAAGAUUUGUUACAGAUGAUUUUUUUUAAUUAUUAUUAUUUUUGCUUGACAAUGUAUUGAACGUUUAGCUUUUUUAUGUAAAUGUGCCUUGUGUUCUAAAGUGAGCAGCACAAUCUUUAAAAGAUUUCCUUCUCUACGAUCUCUUCUUCACAGACAUCUGUUAUUACUGUUGAUGUGGGGAAACUGACUGAGCAUUCUGUUCCACGUUCUCACUGGCUUUGUUUACAUACACAAAUAUUAUUGUUGUUAUUCUGGUCAGCAAUUUACAUCAAGUAGAGUUAGAAUUGCUCCAAGUAGAGCUCAUACAUCUGCCAACAACCCCCUUAAUUUUGAUCAUACCGUAAACCAAAUUGCACACAAUCGGAUAUAAGCCCCCAAAAUAUGGGCAAAUUUAUAAUUUUCAAUUUAAAAAAAAAUAAAAAUAGAUUUAAUCAAGUUUCCUAAAUUGUGCCCUGGGAAAUUGUUGAGUGUCAAAAUAAGUCUCAAAAUUGUACAUAAUUUGAUGAAAAAAAUAUUCCUGGAUCCGUAUCUUUUUCAGAUGUGCGCUAAAAUUAGGUGUUUUUUCUUGGCCCGUUUCCUAUCGUUCCACCAGGUUUUGGAUAAAGCAAUAAAUUAAAGCUACUGCGAUCAAAGACUGAAACGACCUAUCUGAAAGAGACUUUUUUUCCUUGGAUGACAUGAAAACACCAUAAAAAUUGUGUUUACAGUGACUCUGUUUACUUACAGUUACAAUAUACAGCUUCAGGAUGGUUUUAUUUGUAGUGGACUGUUUAAAUAAAAAUUUUGUGGACUGAAAGAAUUUUUUCAAAUGUGAAAGUGUCUGUAAACACAGCCAGUGUUUCCUGUGAGUUGCUGACCUGAACCACAGUCUUCUGCAGAUCCAUCACUUGUGGAUGAGGUGCCUUGCUCGAUGGCACCAUCACUGUGACUGUUAAAGCAGGCAGACGUUGCUCUCUCACUCUUCCCGAUCCAGUUGUUUCUGUGAUCCGGUCCAGACGUCCUUCCACUUCUCUAAACCUCUCGUUGACUAGGACAGACUGCUGCAUGAACAAAUAGCUUUAUAACGACUCUGUGUAGAGUGUGUGAGUGCCACAAAGUGUGUGAGGUGUUUCCUGGAUGUGUUUUUUUUAAGGUUAAAGAGUGAUGACUGACAAUCUUCAACUGACUUGAUUUCUUCACUUGUAUCUUUUUCAUUUUGUAUUUUUACUCUAAGGAGCCUCUGCUCAUUUUUUAUGCUUCUUAAUGUAUGAUACAAUUCUGUUACUCUUGAAUUUAUAUUUAUACAGAUAUACAUAUUUUUUGUAUCUUUUCCCCCCAUUGUGCUAAUGUUCAAACAUCCAUGUCUACACAGUAUUAUAGAUGAUGUAAUGUGGACAGCUAUCUCUUUUUUUUACAUUUAUGUAUGAACUGAGAAUUUGUAAAAAUGCUUUCACAGUCGUUGUGUGUAAAAUGUAUGUAUAAAUUAAAUUAACCAAUGUGGA